AAGAUCCAGAGAGAAAAAGAAGGCCUAGAAACAAAUUGAAAAUUCACAGGUUUUUCGCUACAGGAGAGAGGCUUCAACGCCAGCGACGGUCUCGAAUCACACGGAGGGCUCAUCAAUUCCACUAGCCGGGAUGAUCAGCCUCCUUCUUAUUAUGUUGAUCAGCUCAUGGACGCCAGCAGGUUCCAUGUCUGACCACAGGCGGCGGGAUUUGGCCAUUGAGGCAAGCCCUUCUGGAGGCUACGAGCCCAUCGUGGUGCGGUGCCCGGCCAAUUUCACCAUCCGAGUGGCUGGGACUGAUUCCGACUUCUUGGGCCAAAAGGAGGCCGACUACAUCGCCCAGAAGGCCGCCAAAUCGACGGACCUAUGGCAAACAUAUCUGGCUGGGGUCGGCCUAGCCGACUUCGACCUCGCAAACUUCACCACCUCAAACCCUGUCGCCGGAGAGACCGUCCCAAACAUCGGGAUAGCCAUGAGUGGCGGCGGGAUCAGAGCGCUCAUCGGCGGCGCUGGAAUACUGGACGCAUUCGAUAACCGGAACCCGGAGGCGGUGAAUGCUGGCACCGGAGGGAUCCUCCAACUCGCAAAUUACAUCACUGGAUUGUCUGGUGGUUCAUGGCUACUAGGUUCCUGGGCAACCAGCAACUUCCCGAGAUUCACCGCACUAAAUCAAACGGUUUGGAGGCUGACAGAGCCAAGUAGUUAUACCAGUUGGAACUCAGUUAAAAGAUAUCCCAAAGCCAUCUCACAAGCCAAGAGGAAGUCAAAGUCUGGCUUCCCGACCAGUCUAGUAGAUGUGCAAUCUUAUAUCUUAUCACGGCAUUUGAUAAAUGACACCCACCAUGGCUCGAAAGUUCUCUUCUCGUCGAUUCGUAAUACGACUGAAUACCUGAACCGCCAAGCUCCGUUUCCCAUCUUACUUUGUACAUCCAGGGUCAACGGCGUGUCUGAAAUCAACUCCGAUACGCCAAUCUACGAGUUUAAUCCUGAGGAGUUUGGAGUAUGUCAUCCAACACUGAAAGCGUUUAUUCCGCUCGAAGAUCUGGGCUCACGGAUGGAAGCCGGGAAGCCAGCUAGGGAGGAUUCUUGUGUCCAAGGCUUUGACAAUGCUGGAUUCGUCAUUGGUGCUAGUAGCAAUGUUCUGAGCCAGCCUGGAUUUCGUAAAUUUUCCUGGAAAAAUAUCUUACCCGAGGCGUAUGACAAGAUCACGAAUCACAUCUAUGAUGAAGCAAUUGUCCCUAAUCCUUUCUAUCAUAUGGGGAUGGGCCCAAUAAAUGGCUCUGGCUACCCGGAACGUGAAAGUAAGAAUCUUUAUCUCGCAGACGGGGGAUGGGGUGGUGAGAUUUUACCAUUCUGGCCGCUCCUGCAGCCUGAUCGGAAACUGGACGCAAUCAUCGCCAUAGACUUCAGUGCUGAUGGGCCCAGUAUGUAUCACGGUGCAUAUCCUAAUGGGACAAGUCUCUUCAACACCUACAAGAAGACCCAAGAAGACGCGUACAAAAACAUACAUUUUCCAAAAAUUCCUGAAAUCGAUGGCCCGUUCACGGAGAAAGGCUUGGCUAAAAAACCCUCCUUCUUUGGAUGCCAUGAUCAAUUGGCCCCUAUCGUCAUUUACCUGCCUAAUUAUUUCGUCGUCACAGACACAAACCAAGCAACGAUGAAAGCCGAAUACAGUCAAGGAGAAAUUGAUGCAUUUUUCAAAAAUUCAUUUGCCAUUGCGACACAAACGAGACCAGGAAAGGAAUCCAACAGUUUUCAAUACGACAAUGAUUCAAUUCAGACACUCUUAGGAAGAGCUGGGCCGAUCACGCAUACCCGAUGGAAGGAGUGUCUGGCAUGUGCUUUGGUCGAUCGACAAGUAACCCGGAAUAAGAUGCAACGAAGUCCCCAGUGCCAGCGUUGCUUUGCCAAGUAUUGCGCCUAAGAACCACGCCUUUUCUCCCUGGAACGCCAAUCCAUGUAUAUAUCAUGGCUCCGUUCAGUCCUGCAAAACGUGGUGGCCAUCAGGCUCUCUCAAUUUUCAAACAAUCUUUGUAAUUUUUUGGUCUUGUUGAAAUAUCCCUGCCCCCGGGAUGGAUCACUUGAGUAGAUGGAUUAUCUUUCUGUUUGUAUCAAACCUUUCUAUCACAGCAUACAUUUCAUUAAUUUUGUCAAUUAUACCAUGUGACAAGAAGGACAUAGGAAUGAAAAUCAACCAUUCAACUCCA